GGGUAGUCGUCUUGGGGAGGCUCUCUUGCGCUUGCGGGAGGGGGGUGUCAUGAGGCUACCAGGGUUCGUACCACUCCUCUGCGCUCCACCCUCGCGGAAGCUCCUCGCGCUCUCCAGUCACCGGCACGUGCGCUGCUCCCGCGAGUCUGAUGCUGGCAUGGCAGAGGAGGCGAAGAAGCUGGCCGCCUACGCCGCCGUGGACAACCACGUCCAGAACAACCAGGUGGUUGGAGUGGGCAGUGGAUCAACCAUUGUGUACGCCGUGGACCGACUGGCGGAGAGAGUGAUGCAGGAAAAACUCAACAUUGUGUGUGUUCCCACCUCCUUCCAGGCCCGGCAGCUGAUUCUGCAGCACGGCCUGGCGCUGUCGGAUCUGGACCGACACCCAGAGCUGGACGUGGCGAUCGACGGGGCGGAUGAGGUGGACGCAGACCUGACGCUGAUCAAAGGUGGAGGCGGUUGUCUGACGCAAGAGAAGAUCGUCGCCGGCUGUGCAAAAAGUUUUGUUGUGAUUGCUGAUUACAGGAAAGACUCUGAGGCUCUGGGCCAGCAGUGGAGGAAAGGAAUUCCCAUCGAGGUGAUCCCCAUGGCGUGGGUUCCCAUCUCCAGGGUAAUCGCCAGGCGCUUCGGAGGGGAAGUCAACCUGAGGAUGGCUGUCAGUAAAGCUGGUCCAGUCGUCACCGACAACAGCAACUUCCUUCUGGACUGGAAGUUUAAGGAGGCCCAUAACUGGAAGAAGGUCAACACUGAAAUCAAGAUGAUUCCUGGUGUGGUGGAGACGGGGCUAUUCGUCAACAUGGCUGAGAGGGCAUACUUCGGCAUGGAAGACGGAAGCGUGAAGGUCCGGGACGCCCCCGGGAACUGAUCCUUCGAUGCCACAUCUCCUCCUCUGCACAUCCCUCAGCUUGUUACCCCCUCCAGUGCCAGAAGAAACAGAUCUGAGAGGUCUCUCUUCCUCUAAAGCUUGAUGUUGUCUGUAGGUGUGUCUUUGUACCUCUUCUAGCUUGUGAUGCUUCUGUGUCUCAACGAGUCCGGGAUUCUCAUUGUAAAUAAUGAAUGAAGGACUGCAGGACUGUGAGGUAUCCAGCUGAGGAAUGAUGCGGAAGAGCCUUUGGGGUGUCUUUACAUGCUGCUGUCUCCGUUUCUUCUGCUGCACUGACGAAAGUACAACACAAGACUUCUGCAGAACUCACAAAUUCAUUCUGGACUGAAAGCUCCAUAAGGAGUCCUGAUCAUAAAGCAGAGGUGUUGUCCUUCUCUCUGCAACCACAUGUUGAUCCACUUUGAGGUCAUUCCUGAAAGUCUUUUCCCAUGAGCAGGUGUUGAUUCUGUGUCACAUGACUGUCUGAACAGAUUUCAGCAGCUUUUCCUUCCGUUUUUUUUUUUAAUUUAGCAUGCAGAGUUCAAACAAACCAACAAAGGCGGGGGGUUUUGGGUAAACGGACCUCCUGCCGUCUUUAGUGCCUGAGACUCACUGGCAUGACCCUUUGUCUUCUCCUAAACUGUAUUGUGCCAUUUGGUUUGUCUUCAGAAGGUGAGAGUGAUGUGGAUCUGUCACUGGGAACGGUUUUCAUGUCAAAAACGGCUUAAAGAGGUUAACGGAAAGAGAAAAGCUCCUUCAGAAUGAGUCGGUUUGAGUUUCCCUUUUCUCUGGGACAUUUCCAGUCCAGGCAGCAGUGUUCUGUUAGAAACCGUCUGUGCCGUGAUGCUCUUCUGCAGAACACACUGAGCCUUCAGACUGGGAAGUUCUCUAAAGCCAUGGAUGACCCUGAGCAGAAUGUUGCCUUUGUGACUUGAACAUGAUGGUAGGUUUUCAUGGGGGCCUUCACCAGCAUGUCCUUUAUUUUCUGUACCAGCUGACUGUGAACAUGAUUUUCUGUAAAGGUACUCGUGACUUUUUCAGUAAAACGAUGGACCAAAACAUA